AUGUCGCAGAUCGACCUGAAAUCCUCACGGGCGUUAGUCCUUCCGGACGCGCCUAAAGCGUCAGACCCUCAGCGCGUGCGCAUCGGCCGGAUGGUCAUUGCUGCCCUCUGGCUGAUGUUGAUCGCAUAUCGCCUAGGGCUCGAUCACGGUCCUCAUUUCAGAAACAGCUCCGCUCUCCCGGAUGCGCAGCCUCUCGUAUUGCCCAAGAUUCACAUCAUCCCAACAGUUACAACGGGUCUCGGUUGGAUCCCUACCGGUCUUCCGACACCCCAGGCGCUUCCUUCUGUCAACCCUUUUGCCGCUGUCAGGACUGCCACUGGGCCCUUGGGAAGACCGCAAGGCAAGGCGUUUGACUGGGGAGAUUUUGGACAUGAUGUCAUGAAGCGGUUUUGGGACGAUUGGAUCGGUCAUGUCAUCCAGCCCCAGUUCGACGCUGUCCCCCUGCCUCCCCACCCAUACCCUCUUCCUUCUCCUCCGCCCCCGCUGUACCCCGAGUACUACGCCCUGCCCCCCGACCAGAUUCUGCCUGAUCUCACCUUCCCCCCGGACUUUCUCUUUGGAUGGGCGACCGCCGCUCAGCAGUACGAAGGGGCGGUGCAGACAGACGGCAGGGGUCCAUCCGUCUGGGACUGGACAUCGCGGUUUCCCGGCUACAUUGCAGACAACACUACCGCGGACAUUGCCGAUCUGGGCUACUACCUCUACAAGCAAGACCUAGCUCGCAUGGCCGCACUGGGAGGAAACGCCUACUCCUUCUCGGUCGCAUGGAGCCGGAUCUUCCCCUUUGGCAUGAAGGGUAGUCCUGUCAACGAAAAGGGAUUGAAAUACUAUGAGGAUCUCGUCGGAUACAGUCGGGAGCUAGGGAUUGAGCCCGUCAUGACCCUAUUCCACUGGGAUACCCCGCUGGCUCUCCAGGUCGAGUAUGGCGGGUUUGCGAGUCCCAGAAUUAUCGACGACUACGUCAACUACGCCGAGGUCAUGUUCCGACGCUUCAACGGCACUAUCCGCCUGUGGUACACCUUCAAUGAGCCGGGCGUGUUUUGCGUGCAGCCAGGUUUCCCCCAGAAUACUACAUUGCCGCACGGUGUCAGCGCCGCUCAGUACCCCUACGUCUGCCGCCGCCACCUCGUACUGGCGCAUGCCAAGGUGUACCAUCUCUUCAAAGAGCUGAACAUCCAAGGGGAGAUUUCCUACAAGAACGACGACUACCUGGGUAUAGCAUGGCGCAGAGGGCGCAAGGAAGACGAAGAAGCUGUCAAGCGACAUCAAGCCUACUACAUCGGCUUCUUUGCCGACCCAAUCCACUUGACCGGGGACUGGCCGGAACUGGUCAAGGCUGAACUCCCGCCGGAUCUCCUACCCCGUUUCUCGGCUGACGAGGUCGAGCUCAUCAAAGGCACCGCGGACUUUUUUGCUAUCGACGCAUAUCGCGAGGAUCUCAUAUCAGCUCCGCCCGGCGGCAUCGACGCUUGUCUCCGCAAUCGAUCACAUCCGGCAUGGCCAGAAUGUGUCAGCAAGAAGGAUUACGACUCGUCCCCCUACGGCUGGGGUAUAGGCGAAUUCGCCGAACCAAGCAUGGACUGGCUACACAACAGCUGGCAGCAUAUCCGACCCCUCCUCCAGCGCUUGAACGACAUGUAUCCCACCACAGGUGGAAUCUACCUGACCGAGUUUGGCUUUGCGGAACCCCACGAGAACGAGAAACCCUACCUCCACCAAGCCAUCCAAGACCCGGCCCGCACCCACCUGCUCUUGUCGUACCUCGGCGAGAUCCUCAAGGGCAUCGUCGAAGAUGGAAUCCCCAUCAAGGGCGUCUUUGCGUGGAGCUCGGUGGAUAACUGGGAGUGGAACACGGGGUUCAAGGCCAGGUUCGGGAACCAGUUUGUCGACUACAGUCAUCCGACGCUAAAGAGAACUUUCAAGCGCUCCGCCAUCGAAAUGAGCCAAUUCUGGAAGUCUCACCGAGCGCAGGCUGACGAGUCUGUAGCAGCAAUGAGUGAUUGA